AUGGUAGAAUGUUUUGCGAGUUCGGUGUUGUUGCUCUGUCUCUUCUCAUUUUCGGUACUCGCUCUAGCUUCUUCGCCAUGCCCCGUCACUGGGUUACCAGUGGUGAGAAAUAUCAGCGAGAUUGCUCAGGAUAACUACGGUAGGACGGGACUCUCUCACAUAACUGUUGCAGGUUCGUUAUUGCAUGGAAUGAAAGAGGUUGAAGUAUGGCUUCAAACAUUUUCACCUGGAACACACACCCCAAUUCAUAGGCAUUCCUGUGAAGAAGUUUUUAUUGUUCUCAAAGGGAGUGGCACUCUUUAUCUUGCAUCAGAUUCACAUGGAAGGUACCCUGGAAAGCUAGAGGAGCACUUUAUCUUUCCAAAUAGCACCUUUCAUAUUCCUGUUAAUGAUGCUCAUCAGCUUUGGAACACCAAUGAGUACGAGGAUUUACAAGUGCUUGUUAUAAUAUCUCGUCCACCAGUUAAAGUGUACGUGCUUCUUCUCUUACCAUUCUCUCCAUGUUUCAUACUUUACUAA